AAAAAAAAAGCAGCUGAAAGGUAAGCAGAGGCGGCCCCAGGCCCGGCCCACAUCCCCGGGCUCCCGUAGGGCGGCGGGCAGGGCCGCGCAGGCAGGGCGGGCGGCGAGCGCGCUUACGUGAGGCCGGGGAUUCGCCGGCCCGCGUCAGGCCCCGGGCAGAGAAUGAAAGGACAAUCUGCUUCAUCUUGAUUCUGCAGCAUUCCAAACUGUGGUAUCCUUGGGGUUCUCUUAACAUUGCAAUGGUGCAGAAGAUUUAAAAUCAGCUGAUGUUCACAAGGAAUAGAGUCACGUGAUGUAUGAAGGGAAACAUAUACACUUCUCUGAGGUUGACAAUAAGCCCUUGUGCUCAUAUAGCCCCAAACUGUGCAAGCAGCGGCGACUCAACGGGUACGCUUUCUGUAUCAGACACGUUCUGGAGGACAAGACUGCCCCCUUCAAGCAAUGUGAAUAUGUGGCCAAGUAUAACAGCCAACGCUGCACCAACCCCAUCCCCAAAUCAGAGGAUCGUCGGUACUGCAACAGCCACUUGCAGGUACUUGGCUUUAUCCCGAAAAAAGAGAGGAAGAAAAAGAAUGAUCCUAUAGAUGAGGUGAAGGUCAGGCACCAGAUGGAUACCAUGGCCUUUAGCCUGACGGUGCCCCCGUUGGCCUUGAAGAUGCCCAACGGGCUGGAUGGAAUGUCCCUCUCUCCACCCGGGGCUAGGGUCCCUCUCCACUAUCUGGAAACCGAGUUGGAAGACCCAUUCGCUUUCAACGAGGAAGAUGAUGACCUAAAGAAAGGGGCAACUGUGAGAAAGAAGUUGCAGAGCAAGUUGGCCCAGAAUCGGCAGCGCCAGAGAGAGACGGAGAUUUUAAAAGUCCGACAAGAGCACUUUAGUCCCCCUCCUGCGCCUUCACAGCAGCAGGCCCCGCCGCAGCUCUCCCACCUGUCACCUUUAGCCUCGUCCUUGAAACCUCCAGCGCCACCGCCACCGCAGGGUGUAGUCUGCAAGUCCCCUCCACCUCCGAGCACCAGCCUACCAAUGCAGGGAGUGGCCCCCACCACACACACUGUAGCACAAGCGAGGCCGCUGCCCCUCCGGCCAUCCAGUAGGGCUCCCGCCGCGGACCCGCCCCGGACUGACCGGGUCCUCAUGAAAGCCACAGCCUUCUCUCCACACUUCUCCUGCAUAAGUCGCCUGCACAGACUGGUGAAACUGUGCACCCAGAAACAUCAGUUGGACACUGAUCUGUUUCCCCAUUUAGGUUUGGACUGGUCCGAAGAGAGCGGGGAGGAACUAGAGGACUCAGAGCAGGCCUCGCCAUACCAGGUGGCAUGGUCCAUCCGAGAAACCCUCAGAUAUGAAAGACACACGUCAGAUGACGAUGAUACGGAGAGUAGGAGCUCCAGGGUGACCCAACUUUGCACUUACUUUCAGCAGAAAUAUAAGCACCUCUGCCGCCUGGAGCGGGCAGAAUCUCGUCAAAAGAAAUGCCGGCACACGUUUAGGAAAGCCUUGCUGCAGGCGGCCAGCCGAGAGCCGGAGUGUACUGGUCAGUUAAUGCAGGAACUGCAGAGAGCUGCAUGCAGCCGAACCAGCAUAAGCCGGACCAAGUUGAGGGAGGCGGAGCCAGCAGCGUGCAGUGGAACCGUGAAGGGUGAACGGUGCCCUAACAAAGCCCUUCCAUUCACCAGACAUUGUUUCCAGCGUAUCCUCUUAACUGAAUUGAGUUCUCAGUUUAAAAGUACCCAUUUAUUCAUUCCGAAGGAUAAUUUCUUGAGAGGAGAUAGCUCCCGUAAAGUUCAGCACCAGCAGCAGAGGAAACCCAGGAAAAAAACCAAGCCUCCUGCACUUACCAAAAAACACAAGAAGAAGAGAAGGCGUGGGCCUCGUCGACCCCAAAAACCCAUUCCCCCUGCAGUACCCCAAGGGAACCUCAGCAUGCCCACCAGCGUCUCACUGCCAGUGGAGGUUGCUCAGAUCCGGAGCCCGUCCACGCCGGAGCUGAGUGCUGAUGAGUUGCCGGAUGACAUUGCCAAUGAGAUCACUGACAUUCCACAUGACUUGGAAUUGAACCAGGAGGACUUUUCAGACGUCCUGCCACGGCUACCUGAUGACUUACAAGAUUUUGAUUUUUUUGAAGGAAAGAAUGGAGACCUCCUUCCAACUACCGAAGAGGCCGAGGAACUUGAACGGGCCCUGCAGGCUGUAACUUCUCUUGAGUGCCUGAGUACCAUUGGGGUACUUACCCAGUCAGAUGGUGUGCCAGUCCAGGAGUUGUCAGAUAGAGGAAUAGGGGUGUUCUCCACAGGUACUGGAGCUUCAGGAAUUCAGUCCUUGAGCCGAGAAGUUAACACGGACCUAGGGGAGCUAUUGAAUGGGCGCAUAGUACAUGAUAAUUUUUCUAGUCUAGAGCUGGAUGAGAACCUGCUCCGUUCUGCUACCUUGUCUAACCCACCUACACCCCUGGCAGGGCAGAUCCAGGGGCAGUUCUCUGCCCCAGCCAACGUUGGCCUUACUUCUGCCACUCUGAUCAGCCAGAGUGCACUUGGGGAGAGAGCCUUCCCAGGACAGUUUCAUGGACUACAUGACGGCAGCCAUGCCUCCCAGAGGCCACACCCUGCCCAGCUGCUGAGCAAGGCAGAUGACCUCAUCACCUCACGACAGCAAUACAGCAGUGAUCAUUCACACUCCUCGCCCCAUGGAAGCCAUUACGAUAGCGAGCACGUGCCGUCUCCCUACAGUGACCAUAUCACCUCUCCCCACACAGCAUCUUAUUCUGGUGAUAAUAUGGCAGCUACCUUUUCAGCAGAGAUGCCCAUCAUGGCGCAGCACUUGCUCCCAACCCAACUCGAGGUGCCACUUGGAGGAGUCGUAAACCCCAGAACUCACUGGGGCAAUCUCCCUGUCAACCUUGGAGAUCCCUCUCCAUUUAGCAACCUUCUCGGCGCAGAUGGACAUCUUCUUUCCACUUCCCUAUCCACACCACCCACCACGUCGAACUCAGAGACCACACAGCCUGCCUUCGCCACCGUGACCCCCAGCAGCUCCAGUGUGCUUCCGGGGUUACCGCAGACCAGCUUCAGUGGCAUGGGGCCUUCUGCUGAACUCAUGGCCUCCACCUCUCCCAAGCAGCAACUCCCUCAGUUCAGCGCAGCCUUCGGCCACCAGCUGAGUUCUCACAGUGGCAUUCCUAAGGACCUGCAGCCCAGCCACAGCUCGAUAGCCCCUCCUACAGGCUUCACAGUAACAGGUGCCACAGCUACAAGUACCAAUAAUGCAUCUUCUCCCUUUACCUCCCCUAACUGAGCGUGUCUGUGUGUUUGCAGGCAGGUGGGGAACCUGGUGUUUUCUAUCUUUGUUUCCUGUUUAGCAUCCCUUUCCCCCUUUUCCUAAAGAAGAUUUUAAAAAUAACAGAUGGGGACUAAAGGGGAACUCCCUUUCCCGGUUCAGCAAGCAAGCCUGCGGCGGACCUUGCUUCAGUGUUCACGCGUGCUCCUUCGCACUGGUGCUCAUUCCCUCCUGGCGGGUUCUCUCUACCCCGAUGGUUUCCUUAGUGGCUCAGCACAGUGACUGGCUAGAGUUGAUUUUUAGCAGCAAGUCCUAGAAGUGGAAGAUACCUCAGAUUACCAGUGCCCUUUACUAUUUCCUAGUAUUCAGAUCAAUGCUUUCCAUUCUAUGACCAGGUCUUUACGGAGGUGGUUCUAGAUAGAAUGGUCCUGUUCAUUGAGUUCCUGUGUAAGCGGUAGCAGGUGGUGCGUAGCGGGCAUAUCGAGGCUCUGCCUUAGCACCAACUGCUAGACACCACAUGAGGCCAGGAUUCCAUCCCUAAUUGUGAUCAUGUUCAAUUAAAAAGAGAAAAAUUA